AUGUCAUACGCAUUAUAUCCUGGAGAAAAAAGUUACUUUUACCUUCAUGUCACCAUGAUGGUUCUGUCAUUUUGGAUUUUAAUGCCUUUAGGAAUCAUGUUUGGUAUUGCCAAAUCGUCACUACAUGUCCCUACACAGUUAUUGGCAUUCGCCGUAGCUAUGCUUGGUUUCUUUUUCGCAAAGCUCUAUGGCCAUUCAACGCCUCAUCUCUAUAAAGGAAACUCACACCACACGCUGGGUUGGAUCAUGUUUUUGCUGCUCAUCAUUCAAAUGGCCGUUGGCAUUGUGCGUAAAAUUGCAAACGCAGUGGCCCGCAGUAAUGGAGAGUACGAGCGAUUGCAGGAAGAGCAAGCUCAUCUUAUGGGCCAAUCUCCUUCAUCUAGCAGCAGUAGCACAUCAGAUCGCCACAGCGAAGCAAGCGGAGAAACGUUACAUAUGAAUGAGUUUGAUUAUGACAAGCAUCGUCAGCAUCACUAUGAGGAUGAAGAGGAUGAGGUUUGUAUGACUCCUACAGAGAUUGUUGCUCCCAUGGAAGAAAAGCCUACGGUGACCAUGCGUCUGUUUAAUGCCGUUUCGCCUUUUAUACCCAAAUUCAUGAAGAAUGCAUUUGUGAUGUUCGCCUAUAAUCCAUUUACAAAGGUCGUCUGCCGUUAUUAUCACAUGAUUAUGGGAAGAACAUUUAUUCUCCUUGUCUUUACUCAAACCUUGAGCGGUCUGGUCGUCUAUCAUGGCGUUUGCAGAUCAUGGGAAGUCCUAGGCUGUAUCGCUCAUUUGAUUAAAGGUGGUAUCUUUUUCUUUUAUGGUAUCAUGACCUUCGGUAGAUAUCUCGGUGCUUUUGCCGAACGUGGAUGGGCAUGGAACCGUAUUGACGGCGGUUCGAGUUUUAGCUUUGAAAUGAUUGAGUCCAGCUUGAUUUUCCUCUAUGGUAUCACAAACACCUGGAUGGAACACUUUGGUCAAAACCCCGAAUGGACGCACAAGGACUUUGAACAUGCCAGUCUGGCCUUCAUGUGGUGGUGGUGUGGUUUAAUUGGCAUUCUGGUCGAAAGCAGAGCGCUGCGCAGACUUUUGGAGGGUACAGAGCCAACAAAUCGCGAGAAGCAACAGCAAACUUAUUCCUUGAAUCCAUUCCCUGCAUUGACUGUUUUCAUGACGGGCAUUUCCAUGGGAAAUCAUCACCAGGAUACGGCUUACUCUAGCAACAUCCACUGGCUCUGGGGACUCUUACUCUCAUCUGCCGCUGUUUGUCGACUGUUUACAUACGUUUCACUCUAUCGCAAUGCGCCCACCAGCAAGAGACCCAGUCGUCCUCCGACUGAGCUCGUGGGUGCCUUCUUGUUGAUCGCUGGUGCUAUUCUCUUUAUGGCCUCAAAUUCGGGCACCCUGUUGUGGCUGCGUCGUAAUAAUGUAGAUUCGAUGUUCUUGAUGAAUGUCUGUGUGGCUUUGACAUCAAUCACUCUGACCUAUGUUGCUGCCCUUAUGAUGAUCAAAGCUUGGUCUAAGCGAAGAGAAGAAGCAAAGAGAAGACGUUAA